AUGAGGGCACAAAUCCAAAAGGUACCACAGAUAGUCGAAUUGUUAAAGAAGAAGACGGUUGGGUUGCAGCACUUCAAGCCAACGUCUUCAGUGUGCGUCCUGGACCCGAAGGAUGCUGCGGUGGUUGCGCCUUGUGGACAAAGUCUUCCCUCGCAAACUCAGAGCCUUUAUUCGAUACCUGGACCCACCAAUUGGCCCAUAUUUGGCAGUUUGAUAGAACUACUCCGCAAAGGAGGGCUGCAAAGACAACAUGAUGCAUUGAUUGAUUACCAUAAGAAAUUCGGCAAGAUUUUCCGGAUGAAACUCGGCUCCUUUGAAUCCGUCCAUAUUGGCGCACCUUGCUUGCUGGAAACGCUCUACAGAAAGGAGAGCGUUUACCCGCAGCGUCUGGAGAUUAAACCCUGGAAAGCAUACCGAGACUUCAGAGGCGAGGCAUAUGGACUUCUUAUUCUGGAAGGGAAAGACUGGCAGAGGAUGAGAAGCGCAUUUCAGCAGAAAUUGAUGAAACCCACCGAAGUCGCGAAACUUGAUGGAAAAAUAAAUCAGGUGUUGUCGGAUUUCGUUAGUAGAAUUGGACAAGUGACUGACAAUGGACGAUUUGAGGACUUGUACUUCGAAUUGAAUAAAUGGUCAAUGGAGACCAUUUGCUUAGUGCUCUAUGACAGAAGAUUCGGACUUCUGCAUGACAAAGUCAACGAGGAGGCUAUGACCUUUAUCAUGUCCAUAAAAACAAUGAUGAGCACAUUUGGCACAAUGAUGGUCACGCCAGUGGAACUCCACAAAAAACUGAACACCAAAACGUGGCAGGCCCACACUAUGGCAUGGGACCGUAUAUUCAGCAUAGCCAAAGUCUACAUAGACAAGAAGAUAAAGCGCCACACAGAGACAACGGGGCCCGGUGACGACUUUCUGUGUGACAUCUACCGCCACAGUCACCUGUCCAAGAAGGAGCUGUACGCCGCCAUCACAGAGCUCCAGAUUGGAGGAGUGGAGACGACUGCCAACAGCUUGCUGUGGGCUAUUUUCAACCUCUCCCGUAACCCAUGCGCUCAGGGGAAGCUGCUCCAGGAAAUUAGAGAAGUUCUUCCUGCCAAUCAGACUCCCAGCGCUGAGCACCUCCAGAGAAUGCCCUACCUCAAGGCCUGCCUCAAGGAGUCCAUGAGGUUAUCGCCGUCAGUUCCCUUCAUGAGUCGGACCUUAGACAAAGACACUGUGUUGGGGGAUUACUCCAUUCCCAAGGGGACAGUGUUGAUGAUCAACAGCCAUGCUCUCGGUGCCAAUGAGGAGUACUUUGAGCACAGUAGCCUGUUUAAGCCAGAGCGUUGGUUAAGAGAAAGCAGACCCAUCAACCCCUUUGCCCAUGUGCCGUUUGGCAUUGGGAAGAGGAUGUGCAUCGGGCGGCGUCUGGCAGAGCUACAGCUGCAGUUGGCACUCUGUUGGGUGGUCAGGGAUUAUGAAGUUGUGGCGACAGAUUGUGAACCAGUUGAUGCUAUCCAUUCCGGGUUGCUGGUUCCCAGCCGUGAACUCCCUGUGGCUUUCAUCAGACGAUGAGAUCAAAUACAGCCCAUUUGAACUUCACAACAGGAGUUGUGGGCCUGAACGUCCCGAGAGACUCCACAUAUUGCUGCUCUGUAAAUAACAAAUAACUAUUUCAGAUAUAAAUACAUAUUUCUGUAAUCCUGUCCAAUAUACCUCAAACUAAUAUAAAUAUAUUUAAACGAUUAAAUAUGACAGUCUACUUGUUGAUCACUGUCACUUGUACGAUACAGCAGCUGUACUUACUGCCCACUAAUCUUACAUAACUGUUCUUGUGUCAAAUAUAUUCAUGAAAUUAUGACUUUUGUAUAAGUUGUGUUCUUAUGGUAAAUUAUAUACUUGUGUUUAUUUUUCAUUGUGUAUAAAGUGCAAUUAUAGUGUCAACAUGAUGUAGGCCUACAUGGAACACUAGUAGUUCUUAGAAUAUAUUCAUACAAUUCUUUAUAUAUUUAAUCCACUUUCUGUUUUUGUUGCAGAAAUGUUCAUGUUUGAAAUUACUUUGCAGAAUAUGAUUUAAGAUUAAUACAACUGUAUCAUAGCUACACACAAAAACUAAGGACCUAAUAAUGUCUGACGUUGGUAUAUCAUCAUAUUUGUGUGUGGAAAAUGUCAUGGAAUGCACCAUAUGGUAAUCUUACUGGCUCUUGUGCUCAGCUCAGGGCUGCUGUUCAGUAACACCAGCAUCAGAUAUAUCAACUAUCCACACAGCAUAGUACAGCUGUAGUCUGACAACAAAACAUGUCAUGGAGAUUAUAUCUCAGCAUACACAGCCCCCCUCUGCCAUUCAGUUAUGUGGUACAGUUGUCUUUAUUACAAGGAGCGGUUUAUUAUAAUUUCGUAAGUUUAUCUCACUGUAAAUGUUUGGUUUUACUAAUCUGAUAUUAAUGGUCUGAAAUAAAUCAUCUGCUGAAAAGUGGUAAUAUUGUUAAUUUCUGCUUUGGAAAUUGAGUGUAUUUCGGGUAGUAUACUAUAGCAUUUGCAUGUACCUUAUUGACAUAACGUCUUUUAAAGAGGGGAGAGAGAGAGGAAUACACAUAUAAAAACGCAGGUAUUGUUUAAAACCAUCAUUGA